CUGGCGCCUCGAUGGAGGACCGCAUGGCCAAGAUGAAGCAGCUGCGGCAACGCAUGAGCGAGUCGGCGCGCGCCAACCGUCAAGACGUCAUCGCCGAGCUCAACACGCAGCGUGCGAGCGCGCGCACCCUCGCACGCCUCGAGCGCAAGCGCGCCCAGGCCGAGGCCAUGGGCGAGAAGGAGCGCGCGACCGAGACGGGCGAGGACCUCGAGCGGUCCAAGAACUGGGAGUACUCGAUCGAGGACAACGAGCGGUGGGAUAAGAAGCAGGCGCGCAAGGCGAGGCGGGCCGACCAAGGCUUUACCGAUUACGACGACCUCGCCCGGCGGAAAUACAAGAAGGACCUGGACGACUUCAAGCCCGACUUGCUCGCGUACAAGAAGCAGCGCGACGGCGAGCAGUCCACCUCGAGCGCGCUCGCCGCGUCCGGGAGCGGCGCCGGCGAGGUCGGCCCCGUCAUCGACCCCAACGGGCUGUACCGCGACGCCAACAGCUUCGUCUACGCCGACCACAAGCCGACCGAGGACCAGAUUGACCGCGUCAUUGGCAAGCUCAACAGCGAUCUCGACAAGCGGCAGAAGCGGUCGCGCAAGCGCGCCGACGAGGACGAGGGCGACAUCACCUGGAUCAACGAGAAGAACCGCCAGUUCAACCGCAAGCUGCAGCGGUACUACGACGACGUCACGCGCGAGACGCGCGAGAACUUCGAGCGAGGAACGGCGCUCUGAGCGACAGCGGAGCUCGAGUGCUUGUACGUCUCUGUACUUUCCGUCCACCUGUAAAGACGCUGUUCUCUCUGGC